AUGUUUGUAUCUGAGUAUGUUGAUUGCUUCAAGCAUCUGCUCAAAUUCAAUACCAUGGCUGUAGACGAAGAUUGGCAAUGUAGAAAAUUUGAAAAUGGGCUGUGUGGUGACAUUAAGCUUUUAGUGAAAGGUUUAAGAUUAAGAGAGUUUCCGGCAUUGGUCGAGAUGUCUCGAGAAAUGGAAAAGACCAAGAGAGAAGCUGAAGGAUAUCCAAGCCAGCAGAGCCAACCACUGAGGGUUGGAGGCCCAAUACACUCUAGGGGAGGGUCCAGUUCCAAGAAGACCCCUUAUUCCAAGUCUUCUUCCUCUUCUCAGAGCUUUGGAGGAUCUUCUCAGCCAUCUGUUCAGCAGAGCCAACCCACUUCUUUUGGUGGUUUGAGAUGCCAUGGUUGUGGAGGUCCCCAUUUCUUAUCCUCAUGCCCUCAGAGAGCUAGUUACCAGAGGUGCAACAGGUGUCACAGGGAGGGCCACUAUGAGCGUGAUUGCCCUAUGGGUAGGAGAGCAGUAGUUCAACCACAACAUGCAGGGAGAUCCCAGCAAAGAAGAGCCAUCAGGCCCCAGGCCACAGGGCGUGUUUAUGUGCUGACAAGAGCAGAAGCUACUAACUCAGGUGAUUUGAUUUUUUGUCAUUGUUUGCUGAAUGGAAAGAGUUGUUGUGUGUUGUUUGAUUCUGGAGCGACACACUCUUUUGUGUCAAAGUCUUGUGCUGAAGAAUCGGGGUUAUCAGUGAGAGAGUUAUAG